AUGACUAGGUGGGCAGAAAAUAGGGAACUUGCACAUAAUUAUUCAAGGACAAUCUUACCUAGGAUUAGAUUCAGGUUGGAGAAGAGAUCUAGGUCAGCUGGGGAUUGGCGGCCAUACUGGUCUGCAGCCUCGAAGUAUGAAGUGAUGAACGGUUUAGACAAGUUUACGGUCGACUUAGGAUCCCAUGAAUGUUCAUGUAGAAUGUGGCAGAUGAGUGGCAUACCCUGUGUCCAUGCUAUCAGUUGCAUCAAGUUCAAGGGACUUGACUUAGAACCUUUUGUGGCUGGGUGUUAUAAGAAAGAAGCUCACAUGAGGUGCUAUGACUCAAUCAUACAUCCCUUGAAUGGAGUAGAUCUUUGGGAGAGAACUUCACACCCUGAUGUUAUGCCUCCCCCCUAUCGAAAGCCUAGUCACAGGCCAAUGAAAAAGAGGAGAGCAGCUGCUGGAGAUGAAGAACAGAGCAGCCGCACUCACCUAUCAAGGAAGGGAGAGAAACAAAGGUGCUCUCUGUGUGGUUCUGUUGGGCACAACAAAAGCAGAUGCCCUAAACCUAUUGAGGAGUUGCAGUCAAAGAACAAAGGAAAGCAGCAGAAGGGAAGCACCAAAUCAAACCAUCUAGCUGCCAAGGGAGGAAGGAAGACUGCCUCUUCCCAUCCCAAUCCCAAGCAAUCUGUCAAGAGAAAAGCUAUUUCAGCAACACAGCCACCAUCUGCAGUCCAAUCCAACAAUGCAGCACUGCCAAAAGGCCUAGAGGCAGGCCCAAGAGGACUUCUAAGCCCAAGUGCUCAACCCAACCUGCUCCACAGCCCAACAAGAUCCCUCUUCUCUUCUUUCCUCGUUCACAACGACCACCCUUCUUCCUUCUCUCCUUCGUCAUCUUCUUCUUCUCAUAACUCCUACACCGUCUUAAGAAAAAUAAACCAAAACGACGUCGCAUCUUCCAUCAAGGACUGGUUCAACACGCUUGACCCACUCAUCACCCGAAUCUUUCAGAUUCUCUCUUCGACCGACUCCUCCUCCUAUAACGACGACGCCGCCGUCGAUGCCUCUCUCUCCGCCCUAACGCUACCCCGUCUCGACGAGUCCUUCGUCCUCACCGUACUCCACCAUGGCACCGCCGCCGCACACGUCUACCCCUGUCUCCGCUUCUUCCAUUGGGCCGGCCGCCAGCCCGACUUCCACCACACUCGCGGCACCUUCUCCGCCAUCUUCCGAAUCCUCGCUCCCGCCCCAUCAGUGGAAGGCCUUGACGAAUUCCUCCAAUCCUUCAAUCGUCGUGGCCCCGCUUUGUGUGGGAGCAAUAGGUUUGGUCAUGCUGUUAGGUUGGUUAGGGAGUUUGGGAAUUUGGGACUGGUGCCGUUGGAUCAUGCUUAUGGGGUUUGUAUAAGGGACCUUGUGCAGGGUGGCCGGUUAAAUGAGGCCUUGAAGUUUUACAGACAGAAGAAGGAAGAUGAAGGAUACAUUCCUGGUUUGGGGAGUUACAACCUGUUGAUUUACAAGCUCUUGAGGGAGAACAGACUCAUCGAGGUGUAUGAUUUGUUUACAGACAUGUCUGAGACUAAUGUUCCGCCGAAUACGGCUACCAUGAAUGCUGUGCUGUGCUUCUUUUGUAAGGCGGGGAUGGCGGAUGUAGCUCUUGAUCUGUUCAAGUCGAGGUCAGAGUUUAUGCUGUCCCCAAAUCAUAUGGCUUAUAAGCACUUGAUACUUGCUUUGUGUUGGGACGGAAACGCCAAAGAAGCAUUCAGUGUGUUCAAGAGCUCGAUCGAUCACUGUUUUAUUCCAGAUACAGGGACCUUUACUAGGCUUGCUAAUGUUCUGUGUAGAGAGUGCAUGAUUGAUGAGAUGAAAGAGUUGCUCCAUUUUGCCUUGGAAUGGAAAAUUAUGCCUAAUGCUUCCACGUAUGACAACUUUAUAACGGCACUGUGCCGGACAGGAAGAGUGGAAGAUAGUUAUUUGAUACAUGGGGAACUUAAAGGUGCGUCUUCUAGCAGGGCCUAUGCAAAUAUGAUAAAGGGUUUUAAAGAGUUGAACAGGGGAGAUAUUGCUGCUCGUCUUCUCGUUGAAAUGAAGGAGAAGGGUCAUAAAGUGACACCGGCUCUAUGUAGAGUUGUUGUUUGUUGUUUACUUCAGAUGGACAAUUCAAGGUCUCGGUUUUUGAGUUUGUUUGAGAUGCUGUCUCAUAAUGAUCGUCAACAUUAUAUUUAUGAUUGUUUCAUUGAUGCGGCUGGGCAUGCCAAGCAGGCUGAGUUGGCUUGGAAAGUGUUUGAGUUGAUGCAGAGGAAUGGCAUUCAGCCUACUUCAUCUUCUCUAUUUCUUAUGUUGAAAGCUUAUUUGGAAAGUGGAAGGACUUAUGAUGCUCUUAACUUCUUUAAUAAUGUUUGGUCCCGUGGAUUGGCUACUAGAAAGUUAUAUAAUUGCUUGGUCGUUUCUCUCUGCAAAAGCAAGAAUCCUGAACCUGCGUAUCUUCUCUUACAACAAAUGUUAAGAGACGGUUUUCAUCCAAGCAUUGAAUGCUAUGAGAAUCUUGUACUGGCGCUUUGUUCAUCGAAAAGAUAUCAUGAGGCAGUGAAUCUUGUUAAUGUGUAUGAGAAAAUGGGACGUCAAUUAACCUCUUCUCUCGGUAACAUACUUCUUUCUCAAUCUAUGUCUUCACUGGAAGUUUACAAUGCCUGUGUUCGUUUAAGAGGAGUGAAAGAGGAGGGAGAAACUGAUUGGUCAAUGCUUAGCUUUGUGGUUGGUGCAUUUUAUGAUCAUCAUAGAGUUAGCCAUGUUGAGGACUUGGAGAAACUAAUAGCAAAGUGCUUUCCACUUGACAUUUACACUUACAAUUUGUUGUUGAGAAAAGCAUGUAAGAGUGAUAUGGGGCAGGCUUGUGAGUUGUUUGAAAGGAUGCGUCGAAGGGGCUUUGAGCCCAACCGGUGGACUUAUACCAUCCUGGUUUAUGGUUUCAAAAGGCAUGGGACGAGAGACGAGGCUGAGAGGUGGUUUCAAGAAAGUAAAAGGAUAUUAUCCAACAAAGAAACCAGAAUGCUCAUUUUAAGGAACAAUUGA